UCUCCCUAGCUGACGGCGCGAGCCGGGCUGGUUCGUUGGUUGGCUGGUGGGCUCACGGCCUCGCGCCGCCUUUCGCCUGGGCCGGGGCGGUUGGUUUGGAAGGUGUGUGUGUGUGUGCGCGCGCACAACGCAAGGGUCGGUGGUCGCCUGAGGCGAUGGCGGCGGCCGGCGGCGGAGUGCCGAGCUCGGCAGCCGGGUCGGGGGACUGGCGGCUACCCGGGCGGGUGCUGGAAUUCGUUUUCUCCUACCUCGAGCUGCGCGAGCUGCGGAGCUGCGCGCUGGUGUGCAAGCUCUGGUACCGCGUCCUGCACGGCGACGAGAACAGCGAGGUGUGGCGCAGCCUGGCCGCCCGAAGCCUCGCCGAGGAGGCGCUGCGCACCGACAUCCUCUGCAACGUGCCCACCUACAAGGGCAAGGUACGUGCCUUUCAGCAUGCUUUCAGCACCAAUGAUUGCUCUAGGAAUGUCUACAUUAAGAAAAAUGGAUUUACUUUGCAUCGGAAUCCCAUUGCUCAGAGUACUGAUGGAGCAAGGACCAAGAUAGGCUUCAGUGAAGGUCGUCAUGCCUGGGAAGUUUGGUGGGAAGGUCCUCUUGGCACAGUAGCUGUGAUUGGAAUUGCUACAAAACGAGCUCCCAUGCAGUGUCAGGGCUAUGUGGCACUCCUGGGCAGCGAUGACCAGAGCUGGGGCUGGAAUUUGGUGGACAAUAAUUUGUUACAUAAUGGAGAAGUCAAUGGUAGCUUUCCCCAAUGCAACAAUGCCCCAAAGUAUCAAAUAGGUGAGAGAAUUCGUGUCAUUCUGGACAUGGAAGACAAGACAUUAGCUUUUGAGCGAGGCUAUGAAUUUCUAGGAGUUGCAUUCCGAGGACUGCCAAAGACAUGUCUGUAUCCAGCAGUGUCUGCUGUGUAUGGCAACACUGAGGUGACGUUAGUUUAUCUGGGGAAACCUUUAGAUGGAUGACAUUUGGGUUUUAUUUUGUUUUUUACUGGACAUGAAGAUCAAGUUAACAAUAUGGAGAAACGUGCAUGUUGGUUAAUAGGAAAGCAUGAGCAAAAUGUGUGGAUGUGCAUCCAAAGAACAUCCAGGAAAACCAAGACUGCGAUUUGGAAUUCCAGCUGUGCUGCAGGGAUUGCAUUAUGUUUUCCUUUUUCUGCGGGACCAGAAAAAUCCUCAGGGGAUUGCAGUUGGUUAAAUGGGCAGUUAACUACAUGCAUGUUGCAUAAGAUUUUAUUGCAAAAGUGGCAAUGUGGAAUCCUGUACAUAUACAAGGACAUGUUUAAUAGAAGUGAUUGAGAAAGUUAUCUGAGACUUGUAAGUAGUGUGUUUGUGAAAAGAUUCCCUUUUUAAAAACUGCUUGUUUCCUUCCCAUCUUUCAGCCAGUGUAUUUACCAAAGGUAGCCAAACUGGUUGGUUUGUAUUUAACAGAUUUUAAAUGUACUGAGAAGCAUGGUCUCUGGACUGCACUUCUCCAGAGCUAAACAUCGUGCAGCUACAUUGAAGUGUAUUUUAAAGACUGUACAUACAGAACACUUAAAAAAAUGGAACAAAACAAAAGGUUGCUUUUGAGAUGUAGUUUUUUUAAAUGGAAAAACCACUACAUGUCUAUUGUCAGCUUCUGUCCAGGAGAUGGACAACAUGUAUACAAGUGCACUUCUUAUGUUUUGAUGUAAAGCAUCUCUUGUGGCAAAAACAGCUAUGUGUGCUUAAUGUUAAAUGGCUGAGAUUAAGUUGCUAGAACAGUGAGUGUAUGUGGAGGCAAGACCAUUUCUAAUAUGGGUCUCUUUUGCUUAAAAUUUAAUUGCAUUUGGCAAGUGACAAUGAGCCUUUAAUUUACCAUCUAAAAUAAAUGACUUAAAAUUAAACUUGCAAGCUAUGGGCACUGUCCACCAAAUAUUGUUGCUUUUAACCUUCCACUGGUUUUAAUCAGAAUCAUAUGGUAGGUAUACAGAAGCAGUGCUUGGUGGACUGUGACUUUUUAUGGGUCUGCGCAUUACUUGCAACCUUUCAUUUUUAUCUCUAAGCAAAACCUGCUACUUUCCUUUUGAUACGGACAUCAGACUUCAGUUAGCCUCACAUAAUAAACUUAAUUACGUUGGAAAUUUUGACUUCAAAGUACUAUCCAAAUAUUUACUGCUUUUAAAAAUGCCUAGAAAAAAUAUUUUAAAAGAUUAACAUUUAAUUUAUAUAAAUUGAACUUUAAAUAGGAAUCAGAUGUCUGGUCUUCAUGAUUCAUGAAUGAGUUCUGUCUUUGGGCUGUGUUAAAUCUUGCUAUGGACGCUGAGAAGGCUUUCUGCAAAGGAAGGGCAAAAGAAUUUGUGGAUAAUAGACCAACUGUAUUUCCUAAAAAUCAUUUUCUACCAUAGUGUUCUAGAACUCUGCCAGUCUGUUGGUGCAAAAUUCAUUUGCAUCUUGCACAGUUUGUAUGUCUUAAUCCUGCAAGUUUGCAAGCCAGCUUUGGUACUAAAAUGUUAUUUUGUUGUACUUUAUAGAACUAUUUAUUUAAGGGUAAGUGAUAAAACACUUUCUGCACAAUCCUAUGCAUGUUUCCUCUGGUGUAAGUUCUGCUAUGUUCAAUGGGGCUUACUCACAAGUAAGUGUGCAUAGGAUUGCAGCCUUUGGGAUGAAGGGAGAUAUUGUUUACACUCUUUACUACAAAAUCUGCAUUAUGCAGUCCUGUAGGCAUCUUAGAGUUCCCUAGGUGUGAAAAAAAGAUCAAUUUCUCUUUUUUAAAAUAUUAUUUGUAUUCUUGUUGAAGCCAGGGAAGUGGUACAUACAGUUGGAUUGAGUUCUGCGGGUGCUGGUAAACUGCUAGGAUUGUAUAGUUUGGUAAUAGGCUUUUAGACAAUAGGUAGAAAGUACAUAGUUACUGCAUGAAAGGAUUAAAACAGUACUACUUAACCCAGUAUCUUUCAAUAGUGCUACUGACCCUCAAAAGCAGCUACAGGGGUCAUGGGGUAAUCUUCCCAGCAAUUAGCCCUGUUGCUUAGUCUUCUUAUCAUCUGUCUCACCAUUAACACAUAUAGUUUUAAUUUUGUUUCCAAAGCCCUGCUGCUGUCUCCUUGUGAUAGCUGCAGUCAUGUUUGAUGCUCGAUCUUGGACUGCAAAUUGUUUAUCUGCCAGUGCUCUGUGGUUAAUGGCAUGGGAUGUUGGUGAUGGCAUCAGGUAUUAGCCAGAAAGGAACCGCUAUCACAGGCUGCUGAAAAGGUUGGGGAGAAUAAAUGGAUUUAGAAGAGAGAGGAAUGACUCUAUGCUGAGAGAGUCCCACGUGGACAUGCUCUCAGUGUUUCAGGCUUGGCUCUUUCUACACGUUCACGUCUGCUCACCUCUACACUCAGAUAUCACAAAAUUGCAUUGGGGGGCUGCAUGUGUGAAUCAGUGUGUUGUUUUUAAACUUCUCUGUGUAAUAAAUCACUUGACAGAACAGGUUCAUUACUGGUCUGUUUCUAAAACAAAUGCAAGCCUAAGCAAAUGAAUGUCUUUUAGCACAAGGUACUUGGAAUAACUGAAUGAAAUUGGGGGUGGGUGGGGGGUGUGACUUUAAAAAAAAAGUCUGUUAAACAUUGACUGUAUACUAUACUAUACAACAUAUCACUACAGCAAGAUCCCUAUGGCAUGAGCUAAAAUAAAAGGAAUAAGCUUUAGUUAGAUUAAUAUAUAUCCCUGUGCAGUCUUGGAUAUAUUAUCCUCUGCACUUAUUUAUGGACUCCUAAGUAGAGAAAGCUGAUCCUAAGAGCUGUGCCAGGGUAUUUUAUUUGUUAGAUUUCAUUUCCAUUUUUACAGGAUACUUUGCCUUCUUUCCCCAUACAUUUUAGUGGCUUAGUAUUCAGGGUGGUGUUUUUUUUGCCAAUUAGUCCAUAAUUCCUUAGGGCACAAUGGACAAAUGUGUAUAUAUAAACCUCUUAUAACUUAUUACCUGAAGACCAACUGCAAGCUGUAUAAAAUACGGAAAUAAAUUGUUAAAACAAAAAUA